AUGGCGGCGGUGAAAAGAUCCGCCGUGGUCGUGCUCCUCCUCGCCGCCGCGUCGGCCGAGCCCCUGAAGUCGCUCGGCGACACGCUCACGGACGAAGCCAUCGGCCUCGCGGGCCAGGGCCGCAUGCAGGAGGCCCUCGAGCGCUUCUUCGACGCGCGCGAGGCCGAGCCCCAGGACAGCCGCCGCUGGCAGAACGUCGGCGUGACCCUGAUGCGCAUGGGCCACCUCGAGGACGCGCGCGCGUCCCUCGAGGAGGCCAUCCGCCUCGCGCCGGGCGACGCGACGUGCGUGGCCAACCUCGAGGCGCUGUCGCAGCACGAGGCGCACCGCGACCGCGAGCGCGGCCAGCCGCCGCCGCCGCCGGCGCGAUCCGCGGCGCCGAAGCCGCCGCCGACGAUCUUCCCGGGCGGCGCGACGAAGAAGGAGCUGCUCGCGCGGGCCGAGGCGUACUUCGACGAGCUCGACGACGUCGACGACUGGCUGGGAGCCUGGUGGCGCGACCCGGCCGCGCGGCGGACGCAGACGGCGGCGCUCCGCAACCAGCUCGCCCGGCACGGCGGCCUGGCGCAGAUCCGAGGGUUCCUCGCCGACGACGUCGCCGCGACCCUCGCGGGCGAGAUGGCCGCGUCGGAGCAGUGGUCGCCGGUCCAGGGCUUCAGCCGCUUCUACCAGUUCCACUUCCUCAUGCUCGAUUCGAACGCCGACAACUAUUGGAAGGCGAACGCGACCGUGCUCCACGCCAUGCACGGCCUCUUCAACUCGCGCCACCUCAAGGCCUGGGCCGCGGAGCUGCUGUCCGCGCCGCCGGACUACUUCGACGCGUCGACGACGUGCCACGGCACCUACUAUCGGCCGGGGGACUACACCAUGUCCCACAGCGACGGGACGAACGCGCGGAAGCUGUCUUAUGUGUUGCACCUGACGACGGACUGGGACCCGAAGUUCGGCGGCGACCUCGUCUUCCUGGACCCCAUGUACCACAUCCACCCGGCGUUCAACGCGAUGAGCCUCUUCGUGACGUCCGAUUCCACCUGGCACUUCGUCUCGCCCGUCGCGCCGCAGACGCCGGCGCGCUUCAAGAGGCUGGCCUACAGCGGCUGGUUCAACAGCAACCGGCCGCACCUCGACGACCGCGCGGAUUUGAACCGAAGAUCGAAGAAGGACGACCAGGACCUCCGCGAGGCGAAGGGCCUGGUCGUCGACGGCGGCCGCGUGCUGAGCUUCGAGGAGCACUACAACGCGCUCUCGCCGACGCUCCGCUGGUCGCACAUGAGGGGGCUUACAACACCGCAAGCGCAGGAGAACGGGGAGGCGGAGGCCGUCGGCAACGAGACCGCCACGGCGGUCGCCGCCGCGGUCGCUGCCGCUGGAGCGGUCGCUGCGACGACGAUCGGCGACCCUCUCCUUGAUGGCGCAGCGCUGACGGCCGCGGGUGCAGGUUCGGCCGACGUCGGCGCGGCGCUGACGGCCGCGGGCGCGGGUUCGGCGGCCGACGUCGUGGCCUCGUUCGCGGCGGCGACGACGACCGCCGCGGACGUCGUGACCGGCGCCACGGCCGCCGCGCCGGCGCUCGCGGAAGCGACGGCGCCCGCGCUCGCGGACGGCGUCGCCUCCGCGGCGGCCACCGCCGCGGCGGCGCCCGCCGCCGUGAUCGUCGAGGGCGCGAGCCAGACCGUGACCGCGGCGGCGCCCGUCGCCGCCGAGGUCGCGACGGAGAGCGCGCCCGCGAUCUCCGAGGCCGCGACCGUGGCCGCGAGCGCGGCGGCCGUCGCGGCGGCGGGCACGCUCGAUAGCGUCGCGCCGGCGACGCAAGCCGGGGCCGGCGCGCUCGCGGCCGCCGCCGCGGGCGGCGCGCUCGACAACUCGGGCGCCGCGGGCGUCGCCGGGCGCGUCGCCGGAUCGGGGGCCGGGCGCGUCGCCAAAAAGGUCGUGGUGGCGGGCGCCGACACGCUGAAGACCGGAGGCGCGGAGACGGUGACCAAGGUCGCCAAGGGCGUCUCCGCGUCCGGAGGCGCCGAGACCGCGACCAAGGUCGCGAAAGGCUUCGCGGCGUCCGGAGGCGCCGAGACCGCGACCAAGGUCGCGAAGAGCGUCGCGGCGUCCGGAGGCGCGGAGACGGUGAGCCGGGUCGUCAAGGGCGUCGCGGCGUCCGGCGUCGCGGACUCUUCGGCCGUCAAGGUCGGCGCGGGCGUGGAGGCGCUCUCCGGAGGAGCGGGCGCUGACGCGCUGGCCAAGGUCGGCGCGGGCGUGGAGGCGCUCUCGGAGUCGGGCACCAUGGUCCUCUCGAAGCUCGCGCCUCUGGCCGAACCGGCGCUGGGCGCGGCCGAAGGCGCGGGCCUCGCGGCCGGUCUCGCGGCCGCCGUCGUCGGCACCGCGGAGGUGCUGAAGCAGAACCCCGCCCCCGUCAUCGCCACGGGCGCGCUCCUGGGCCUCGCGCGGUGGGCCGCCACGGAGCUCACGGGCGAGGUGACGACGGCCGACGACCCGCUCAAAAAGGGCGAGAAAACCAGGGUCCUGAAGAUGCUUGCUAUCGAUGCGAAGCCUGAGAAGAAGGGCUGAGCGCGUAAGAUCCAUGCCCUG